AUGAAGUAUGGGUGGAUGUUUAUGGUCGCAAUACUUGCAGUAACUCUCGAUGAUAUCUCAGGAUUACCACAGUACCGUAGACUGAUUAACGACUACAGCGGAAGAUCAUUAAUGAUUCCUCGUCAAUCUCUAAUGAAGUCUGGAAGAGGAUUCAAGUCUGGUUCAUUCACUCCGAUUAAUUCGUUCAGAAAACGUUCACUAUACCAACCGCAUGAUUAUAUGAGUGCAAUGUGGACGCCACGUUUGUAUGAUGGUCUGUAUAUUUCUGGGCAUGCUUGGAUCCCUCGAUUUGCAGAUCCUUUAAGUAUCGAGCAAACGAAUAUGCUAUCCUGA